AUGGAGGUGACAGCAGCCUUGGCAAGACUUCAGGCCGAAUCCAAGUGUCCCAUCUGUCUGGAUGACCUGACAGACCCUGUCACCAUUGAAUGUGGACACAACUUCUGUCGCUCCUGCAUCCAACAGACCUGGGCAGAUCUGCAGGAAAUGUUCCCUUGUCCUGUCUGUCGUCACCCCUGUGAAGAGGGCUACUUCAGGAGCAACACCCAGCUGGGAAGAAUGAUCGAAAUUGCCAAGCAACUCCACAUCAGCAGGGGUAAGAGGAAGAGGCAGGAAAAGACAAACCUGUGUGAGAAGCACAAAGAGGUCCUGACCCUUUUCUGUGAGGAGGACCUGGAGCUGCUGUGUCCCCUGUGCACCAGGCUCUCUGAUCACCAGCUCCAUCAUGUGAUGACCAUUGAGAAGGCUGCCUCUCAUCACAGGGUCAAGCUCCGUAGUUACAUCAAACCCCUGAAGAAGCAGCUGCAAAGUGUUCAACAAUUAAUAACCAUCCAAAACAAGAAACCCCUGGAGCUGAGAGAGAAGGUAGAAAAGCAGAGGCAGAAAUUAUUGUCUGAAUUUAAAUAUCUGAACCAAUUUUUAGAACAGGAACAGCAGGCAGCUUUCUCCAGGUUAGCAGCAGAAGAGAAAAACAUUGAACAGAAACUCAGAGAAAAUAUAGCAGACUUUUCGAACUAUGUUCACACACUCAAAAGCCUGCUGAGCAAGGUGGCAGAGCAUAGGGUGCUGUCGGAAGUGGAGUUGCUCUCAGAAAUUAAACAUUUCUACAAGAAAUCCGAUAGUGAGGUUAGCCCACCAAUCUUUUCAGUUCAUUUAAGGAGAGAAGCCUGCAAUUUUCCUCCCCAGUUUUCUGCCCUGCAAAGAAUUAUAAGGGAAUUUAAUGAAGAUGUCAUUCUAGAUCCUGAAACAGCCCAUCCUAACCUGCUUGUGUCCAAGAAUAAAACAUGCGUGAGAUAUUCAAAGAGAAAGCAAAAGGUUUCUAAUCUUUCAAAAAGGUUUACAGCCCACCCUGUUGUUCUGGGUUUCCCAGAUUUUGAGUCUGGAAGACAUUUCUGGGAGGUGCAAGUGGGGGACAAGGCUGAGUGGGCAAUCGGCAUCUGCAAAGGCUACCUGUCCUCAAGAGCCCGACGUUCAUCGAUCCCGCAGGGGUGCUGGAGGCUCGUGCUGCGCGACAGUGGCUAUGAAGCCCCUGGUGCUGAUCCCGCCCCUCUGCAGCUGGAAGUGAGAGCUAGAAGAGUCGGCAUGUUCCUGGACUACGAGCUGGGGGAGCUGUCCUUUUACUGCAUGCCCGAGAAGUCUCACAUCUGCACAUUCAGGGACACUUUCUUUGGACCUCUUCGGCCUUAUUUCUAUGUAGGACCUGAUUCAGAACCCCUUAAAAUCCGUGCAGAAACAAACAGUGAGUGA